AUGGAUCAACAGAGACAAAAGUUCUAUCACCCUUAUUCGCCCUAUGAGAUACAGCUCCAGUUCAUGAGGGCGUUGUACGAUUGUAUCGAAAGUGGGAAGAUCGGUAUUUUUGAGUCGCCUACAGGUGAGUUCUACGCACGGCGAGCAGAGAUCCUGGUUGAUGUUUGUCUAAUUACUCGGCGCAGGUACUGUGAUGACGAACCAGAUUGGAUGCUCGAGUACUCCAGAAAGGAAAAGACUCGGGCUCUCACGGAGAAAUGGAAGGAUCUUGAGGUGCGUUUGGCCAGGGUGAGGGCCGAGGAGGAAAGAAGAAGGCAAGCUUCUGGAAACCAGGAAAGGCCGAAAAAGAAAAUGAACGUUACACUCAUAGUGCAGAAACUGGAUCCAGAAGCGACAAAAUCGGAGCUUGUAGACGAAAGUCAAUUCGAACUUGAGGAAUACGAGAGCGACACGGACGCCCCGAAGAAGCCCUCCGGGCCUGGGUCUUCCGAUGUCGAUGGGCUUUCUGCGAGCACGAUAGCUUUGCUCGAGCGUGUCAGAGGCCAUUACUCGGUACCUCACAAUUCCGAGGAGGACAAUGACAAUGACGAGAUCAAAAUCUUCUACUGUUCGCGGACUCAUUCUCAGUUAACGCAAUUUGCAAAUGAGCUACGGCGAGUGAGUCUCCCUCCAAGCUUACCAACGCCGCAACAGCGGUCAGAGGAGCCCAGCGACGCGACCGAAAAUAGCGAGCUUGAGGAGGGGGUGAAGCAUCUUUCUCUGGGCUCUAGAAAACAAUUGUGCAUCAACCCGCAUGUGUCUUCCCUGGGGAACGCUACAGCAAUGAAUGAGCGUUGCAUGGAGCUACAGAAACCCGGCGUCGCUGCUGAACGGAGAUGUCCCUAUAUACCGUCGAAAGAAAAUGAAGCUGCGUUGCUGGAUUUUCGUGAUCGCACAUUGGCAACCGUUCGGGACAUUGAAGAUAUUGGCCAAGUGGGUAAGCAGCUUGGUAUUUGCCCCUAUUAUGCUGCUCGCCCUGUCGUUAAGCACAGUGAGAUUAUUACUUUGCCCUACCCUCUGUUACUCCAACGGUCGGCACGGGAGGCCUUGAAUAUCUCUGUCAAAAACCAUGUUGUCAUUAUCGACGAGGCGCAUAAUUUAAUGGAUGCGAUUUCCAACAUUCAUUCUGCCGAUGUCACUUUGGAUCAGCUGCGUACGGCACUUUCUCAGCUGACAAUUUACGCACGGAAGUAUCGGACUCGGCUAAAGGGGAAAAACAGAGUCUACGUUACCCAGACUAUUCGACUUGUCAGCUCUCUUGCGGAUAAUCUCCAAUCCAUUGCUGAAAGUCAAAAAUCCACGGAAGGUGUUGUUCAAUAUUCGGACCUUGUGGCUGGAAAGGGAGUUGACCAAAUCAACCCACACAAGUUGUCUCGGUACCUGCAAGAGAGUAACCUCGCAAGAAAAGUCGACGGAUACGUUGAGCACACUCAGCAGAAGGAGGGUGGUCAGCCUAGGGAGAAGACCACCGUGCCAGUUCUGUUCCAGGUCCAGAGCUUUAUCCUCACGCUCAUGAAUCCUUCUGCAGAAGGACGGCUUUUCGUUAUAAAAGAAGAUGGAAACGUGCAGCUAAAAUACAUGCUGCUGGAUCCAACCAAUCAUUUCCGGGAGAUCGUGGAAGAUGCGAGGGCUGUCAUAUUAGCAGGAGGCACCAUGUCGCCGAUGUCAGACUAUGCGGAUUAUCUGUUCUCGUACCUGCCCACCGACCGGCUGGAAACCUUCAGUUUCGGGCAUGUCAUUCCACCGGAAAACCUGACGGCGCAGACCCUUGCCAGAGGCAUACUUGGAUCCGAGUUCAAUUUUACUUACGACUACCGCCACUCUGAACAGAUGAUAACCGAUUUGGGACAAACAAUUGCCAAACUCUGUGAAGUCAUACCGGACGGCGUGGUUGCGUUUUUCCCCAGCUAUGACUAUUUGGGUCAUGUCCUCGACAAGUGGAGAAAGACGACUGUAGGUGGAAGAGGAUCCUCUAUUCUUGGACUCAUCGAGAAGUAUAAGACCGUCUUCCACGAGGCGCAGGAAAAAGCUGCCAAUGCAGACGAUAUUCUUCAAGACUAUUCGAAUACAGUCGAGUCAGGCUCGGGUGCCUUGCUUCUGUCGGUUGUUGGCGGACGGUUGUCGGAGGGCAUCAACUUCUCCGACAGGCUAGGAAGAGGAGUGCUCGUUGUGGGCCUUCCAUUUCCGAACAUCCAAAGUGCAGUCUGGCAAGCGAAGAUCCGACAUGUCGAACAGACGGCAUAUGCAAAAAGCUCAGGCUCGGAAGAAACGAGGAAAGCAGCAGCCAAAGCAGCCGGGAGGGACUUUUACGAGAACGCUUGUAUGAGAGCGGUAAAUCAAUGCAUUGGGAGGGCAAUCAGACACCGAAACGACUAUGCGGCCAUUGUCAUGAUCGACAAGCGAUAUGAUAGCGACCGCAUCCAGCGCAAACUACCGGCUUGGAUCAGGCAGAGUCUCGUUCCCAGUGGAGUGCGCCCAGCGAGUAGGAUUCGGAAUGAUCUGACUACAUUCUUUGAAAAGCACAGCAGCCACAGAAAUGCCGCGUGA